AUGACUCUCAAUCUUGGCGAUACCGUCCCUAACUUCACCCAAAAGAGCUCCGAAGGUGACAUCGAGUUCUACAAGUACCUCGGCGAUAGCUGGGGCAUUCUGUUUUCGCACCCCAAGGACUUCACACCGGUAUGCACGACGGAACUCGGCACGGUGGCCAAGCUCAAACCCGAAUUCGAAAAGCGCAACGUGAAGGUGAUCGCGUUGUCCGUCGAUUCUGUCGAAGACCACGCCGGUUGGAUCAAAGACAUUAACGAAACGCAGAGCACCGAAGUGAACUACCCGAUCUUGGCCGACCAAGACCGAAGUGUCGCGAACCUCUACGGCAUGAUUCCCCCCGCCGCCGAAAACACGCUGACGGUUCGGUCGGUGUUCAUCAUCGAUCCCAACAAGAAGCUUCGCUUGUCGCUGACCUAUCCCGCGUCGACCGGCCGAAACUUCGACGAGCUUUUGCGCGUGAUCGACUCACUUCAACUGACCGAAUACGAAAAGGUGGCGACGCCGGCGAACUGGACGCAGGGCGAUGACGUUGUGAUCGUGCCCUCACUGCAGGAUAAAGCGGAGCUCGAGAAGCGGUUUCCUCAGGGUUGGACCGAAGUGAAACCUUACUUGCGGCUUACCGCGCAGCCAAAACGCUGA